AUGGUGGAGUGUGGCUUUCUUCAGAGAGAGGGUGUCUGUAUUAGAAGUGUGAUUGAAUUGGAGAUCUUUGUAGUAUUGUGGCCUGACUCUUGUGUGAGCUUCAGAAAGUCUUCAAAGACUCUCUGUGAGGAACUAUUGAAGUGGGAUCCUAAUCGGAGAGCAGCCUCGUGGUUGUCUAAGAAGAUCCAGAGAUCUGUGGCCAGUUUGGUUGAUGCUAGAGUGAGGGCUUUUGCUGCCCCUGCUACUGCGGCUGUGGCUUCUGCAUCGAACACUUCUGCAUUUGUGCCUAAUGAGAAAGAAUGGUAUGCUAUCUGA